UUUUCCGCCGCGACCGUGUAGAAGCGAAACUUUAAACCACCCCUGGCUGGUCGCGUUGCGCUCGUAACACCGUUGAUAAAAUCAACCUGUUAAACGAUCCUCCCUCCUCCCGUUUCCCGCCAUUUCGAUCGAAUUGAGUUGGACAAGUUGCCAGUGAAAUUGAUUCUGUUAUCGAGUCCGAACAGCUGACCGAUGCGUUUUGCAAUUCGAGGAUUACCGAGUGACGUAUCCAGAUAUGCUCAAAGUUUCAGCCUGUAACGCGUUUUCUAAUCUAUAAGAUUAGUCAAUUAUUUAAGCAGUUGCGUUAUCGUUAUCGCGAAUUGUAUUUCGAAAUUGGAAACACGAUGCUUUAAAUGGGGAAUUUUAUUGGGAAUAAAUAAAUAAAUAUGUAUGUAUAUAUAUAUAUUUUGAGAGAGUUUUGGUUUUAUUUUUGAAACAUGGUGCUUGACGAGAAUAAAUAAACGGAAUAUUAGGAUGAAAAAAAAAAAUUCUCAUUUCUGGAGUUUCAAUUUUUGGAGCACAAUACUCUAUUUUUCCUACAGAACGAGAGAGAAUUUCAUAAACGAAGGAAUUUUUAGAAAUCUGUAGAAUUAUCAUUUUUUUUUUUUUGGAAUGCAAUAUUCUUUUCUGUUCGAAUGAAAGAUGAAACAAUCUUUUGAGAGAAAGUUUUUUUUUUCUCUAUUUCAAUUUCUUUCGUUACCAUUGCUAUUUCGUAUCAUGUACAAAUUUCAAAAAUUAUUUCGAACUACGCGAAUUAAUAAUUUGGUUAGAUUGGCGCGCAAGAUUUGUUAAUCUUUGACCACACGAGGAAGUGAUAUCAGCUUGACAACUCGUAAAUACGUAAUGAAGUGUGGAAACCUUGCACGCCCGGAACCGUGACCGCCCCCAUUUGUCACUGUGCACCGAAUUUAUAAUCCCACGUGUUCAUCGGGUAUACUUUGCGUGAUUCAUCGUCUUAUGAGCGGGGCUGUGACGUGUGAGUAAUCUCUUGGAACGAGUAUGUCGAAAUUAUCGCAUCGCCGUACGUUUCUCAUGGGACCCCGCCGCAAAACAUCGAUAUCGAUAAAGCGUGAGAUGAACUUUGAUACAGUCGCGAUUUAUUAAUAGAAUAUAAUGGAAGAAUUGAGCGGAACGAAACAAUGGUAUCGAAUUAAGAAAAAUAAUUUUUCUCUUUCAAAUAUCGAGCUUAGUUUCGAGAUGGCAGAGUAGAUGGCGCCAAAAGUAUGCUUGAUCAUAUAAGCCAUCCCUCGAAUGAAAGAAACGGUGAUUUUACGUGUGAUCUCGAUAAUUUUUUUCCUGAUUAAAUUUCAGGAAUAGAAGUCGAAAGAAAUAUUGUUCCAAUUACAGUUGAAUUUGAAAAUUUUUUUUAAAGAAAAUUAAAAGAAAAUUUUUCGAUCGAAUAUUUUUAUUUCGUAGUUAUGCAACGAUACAACGUACUUGUUCAUGUGUAAUAUUUGAUAUCACGUGAUAUCUCAAAUAUCACGAAUCCAGAGUUUUGAUUUGAGAAGUCAGACGACUUUUUCCGACAGUGUUCUCAAUUCAUUGGCACCAAGUUGAGCAUUGAUAGUAUAGAUAGUGAAUAUAGAUAGUGUUUACAUUCAUGUUAGCUACUUGGAAAGAUAGAAAAUUAGGAUGUGUUAAAGUUUCUGAAUCGUAGGAAAGAAAAAUCUGGAGCUAGGUGUUAAUGCUUCUGGAACGUUUCAGUUGAAACACAAACCGUUAAUAUCUUUUACCAGCUGACAGACUUUUAAGCAUUAUCGGUUACGAAGCUUGUGCAGGCAAAGUAUUAACACUGAAACGUUAUAUUACCGACUAUGUACUCCUUAAUUAGACGGGAUCUGCUCUUCUUCUUAUUAAUUUGCUCUCCACUCUUAUUCUCUCACCUUUCCACUCCAAUUCCCAUUCCGCAUAAUAUUUGUUUAUUAUAUUUUCCACGGCAAAGUUAAAAAUAUUUCUUAAUCCCCGAUCGAAUUACAAAGACGUGGAAUAUUUCUCUCGCGAAAUAUAGGAAGAUAAAAAUACUUUCUCGAUUCCGAACGUAAUAAUAAAACUAUCGAUUCAAAGUCCUUCGAUCAAAUUAUAACUCUCCAAAAAUCUCGACCGAAAUCUGGAUGCAGGUAGAUCACUGAAAACACGUUUCUUUCCCGCUAUCGUCGAAGAAUCUUCCGAGAAAGACCUAUUCUUCCCUCUAUUCCGGAAGUGGAGGAUACGCGCGUACAAAUCAGCGGUGGGGCAUAGACAACAAAUCACAAGCGGUUGUCCGGUCGGAUGCGAAAGAACACGGCAGUGUUCGUAGCCUAUUAAGCAACGACAACUCCGGUGAAGCGGUUUCGAAGGUAAAGAAGCUUGAAAGUGGGGGAGGAACCCUUGGUGGAUGGGAAAAGAGAGAGAGAGAGAGAGAUAGAGGAGUCGGUUGAUAAAUGCGCGCCCGUACGCCUAGGAACCAGUUUGGUGUUUACCUAGUAAGUAGUGUUGUCAGUCAGCUGGUUUGUUGCAUCUUCGCAACGAGGCAGCCGCUCGUGGCGCAAAACGUUAGCACGCUUACCCCACUCGUGUCUCGUGCAACUGUGUGCGUUUGUGGGUUCGACGAAUGUGUUACGGAGUUUACUAUAGCGUAAGUUGGUAUUCGGUCGGGACCGUUGGAGGGAUAUACAUCCUGGCCCGUGGUGGGGGUAAAAUUGGCCGAUGGUGGGGAUAGGAGUGGGGCGUUAACUGCACGCUGGCAGUCAUGCAGGGUGCGUGACCGUCGACGGAAUAGGGACUCGGAUUCGGAGUCAGUUGCUCUCCGGCGUUCGCGGUGGAACGUCGUUGCGCCAACCUCGACUCUUGGUUUCUCGCUCGUAACGUUCCGUUUCACAUGUAGUUUCUCACGAGGGUCGAAGUCCGCUGUAAACGGAGGCGUCACGCGUUGGUGGAUUCGAAGGACGAUCGUAUAUACGUACACGAGUGAUCGGGGGAAUGCAGUGUCGAUAAGUGGUUAUGCCGAGUCGGUGUUCAUUCGCGGAAAAAAGAAACGAAGCAUCGAGUCGAGCAACGUUUGGUGGACGAGACGGAUUAUCGUUUUUUCCCUCGUUCGGUGGUGGUCGAGUGGCGAGAUCCCUGGCGACGGGGCGAUACGCACGAGAUUGAACGUUCCUGUUCUUCUUUUUUUCUUUUUUCCUGCCCCUCGUCGCCCCUCCUCGCCCGUGACACGGAAAAAGAAAAACGGGGAAACGGGGUGUCGUAUCACGUUCCAGAAUCGACUCCUCGUACACCGCGGGAAAUGGUGUUGUGAUAGAGUGACUAUGAGUGCGUGACGACGGCAACGCUUACGACGACUGGCUCACGCGACGAUCGCGACGAGAGGAGAGUCGGUUUAGAAUUCGACCCGUGUCUGUGCUCGUGCGUGCGUGCGUGCGUGCGUGCGUGCGUGCGUGAAGGAAAGAAACGACAAUUGGUCGGAAUGGAGGCGACACGGGUUGGUUUGGCGGCGGUGCUGGGGAUCGUCUGGUCCCUGUUUCUGAACGCGGGCCCGAUACACGGGCGCAGCAUCACGAGCCUCGAGGCACCGAGCGGGUGCGAGUGGAAAAAGGACGGAGAGGACGGAGAAAAAGCUCUGGCCUGUAGGGUUAGGACUAUCGCCAACGUGCCCAGCCUAAUUGGCAAUCUCUCGGCCAUUCAAGUGGACUCGAUCAGUUCUUUGGCCUUGGAAUGCAGUGACGUGUUGUUCUUCGAGAGCCAGAUAGACGGGCCGCACGGAUUCUUCUCCCCCCUGCCCCGUUUGGAGAAGCUUCGCGUGGAUUAUUGCAAGAUCCGCUACCUGCCAGCCGGUGUUUUCGCGUCCGCGCACAAUUUGCGCGCUUUGUCGUUGAUCACGCACAACGGCGACUGGUCGGCGAUGAGUUUGGAGCUUCACAGGGAUUCUCUGCGCGGUCUCGCGCAUCUGCAACACCUCGACCUGGCCGACAACAAUCUGUGGACGCUCCCGGCCGAAUUACUCUGCCCGGUGCAGAGCCUGGCCACAUUGAAUCUGACGCGCAACAAGUUACAGGACAUCGUUUCCCUGGGAUUCUCCGACUCGGCCGAAUCGUGCACCCCCAGCCUCGAGGUGUUGGAUCUGAGCAACAACGACCUAACCACGAUCCACGACCGCGCGCUCAGCAAUCUGCGCAGCCUGACGGUGUUGAAGCUCCAAGAGAACGCGAUCAACGCCGUUGGUGAUCACGCUCUGGCCGGUUUAACCGCGUUGCACUCCCUCAACGUGUCGAGCAACCGUCUGGUCGCGUUGCCACCCGAGCUGUUCUCCAAGACGAGGGAGCUGAGAGAGCUGAUACUCAGCAACAACUCGCUGGCCGUGUUGGCCCCCGGCUUAUUGGACAACCUGGACGAGUUGCAAAUAUUGGAUCUGAGCGGGAACGAGUUGACGAAUCGUUGGGUGAACAGGGACACGUUCUCGAGGCUGGUCCGCCUCGUGAUUCUCGAUCUCUCCCACAACGCGCUCACCAAGAUCGACGGCCACGUGUUCAAAGGAUUGUACAGCCUUCAAAUAUUGAAGCUCGAGCACAACGAGAUCGAGACGUUGACGGACGGUUGCUUCGGCUCCCUGACCAACCUGCACAUGCUCACCCUGUCCCACAAUCGGAUCGCGAGAUUCGACCCGGCCCACACGAUCGGCCUCACCACCCUCAACCAACUGUUCAUGGACGCGAACAAAGUGAGAGCCCUUCACCGCCACGUGUUCGACAAUCUGACCGGCCUCCAAGAUCUGUCCCUGAGGGGCAACUAUCUGACCGAGAUCCCGUACGCGGUACGCGUGCUACGCUCGUUGAAAACGCUCGACCUCGGGAACAACCACGUGUCCAGAAUCGAGAACGACUCGUUCGUCGGAUUGAGCGAGCUGUACGGGUUGGGGCUGGUCGACAACAAGCUCGAGAACGUGUCGCGCGAGGCGUUCGCCGCCCUGCCCGCGUUGCAGGUGUUGAAUCUGGCCAACAAUUACAUCCGUCACGUGGAGCAGAGCGCUUUCGCGGCCAACCCCGUGUUGCGCGCCAUUAGAUUGGACGGGAACCAGUUGACGGAGAUCCGCGGCGCGUUCACCAGCCUCUCGACCCUCGUCUGGUUGAACGUGUCCGACAAUAAGCUGCUGUGGUUCGACUACAGCCAUCUACCGCCCAGCAUAGAAUGGCUGGACAUACACGCGAAUCAGAUAAGCGAGCUCGGCAAUUAUUACGCGGUGCGGAACACGCUGCGCAUAAAGAUGCUGGACGCGAGUUACAACCAAAUCGGGGAGAUCGGGGAGGCGAACGUGCCGGACAGCGUGGAGACGUUGUUCCUCAACAACAACAAGAUACGAACGGUCGGGCCGGCGACGUUCUUCCAGAAGAGGAGCCUCCAGAAGGUGGUGUUGUACGGGAACGAGAUAAGGAGUCUGGACGUCGCUGCGAUAUCCCUGCAAACCGUGGCCGAGGACUCCGAGUUGCCCGAGUUCUACAUAGGCGACAACCCGAUUCUGUGCAACUGCACGAUGGAGUGGUUGCCGAGGAUCAACGAGAUGGCGGCGCGUCUACGCCAGCACCCGCGGGUCAUGGAUCUCGACUCGGUCACGUGCGAGAUGGUGCACGCCCGCGCCACCCCCAGGAGGCCGUUGCUCUCGUUGAAAUCGAAGGACUUCCUGUGCCGUUACGAGGCCCAUUGUUUCGCCCUGUGCCACUGUUGCGACUUCGACGCGUGCGACUGCGAGAUGACCUGCCCCGACAACUGCUCCUGUUACCACGACCACAGCUGGUCGAGCAACGUGGUCGACUGCUCCAACGCCGGCUACAACCACGUCCCCGAGAGGAUCCCGAUGGACGCGACCGAGAUAUAUCUGGACGGGAACGAGUUGGGCGAGCUGGGCAGCCACGUGUUCAUAGGCAAACGCCGCCUCGAGGUAUUGUACCUGAACAACAGCGGGAUAUCCGGCAUUCACAAUUUCACGUUCAACGGGGUGGGCGCGUUGCGCGUCCUCCACCUGGAGGACAACGCCCUGCGCGAGUUGCGGGGCUUCGAGUUCGACCAGUUGGAGAGGAUGUCCGAGCUGUAUCUGGACCACAACGCGAUCGCCACGGUGGGCAACACCACGUUCAAGAAGAUGAGGAAUCUCGAGGUGUUGAGGUUGGACAGCAAUCGCAUCGUCAACUUUCGACCGUGGGAAGCGUUGCCGAGCGUGGGGGACAGCACGAGGACGGUGGUCGCGUUGGAGGGUAACGCGUGGAGCUGCGAGUGCGGGAACGCGGCCAAGCUGCGCGGCUGGUUGGCCGAGCAUCGAGGCGAUCCCGAGAAGAUGUACUGCCGCGACGGCGUCGAGACCCUGGCCCAGGCUAUGAACCGUUGCGGGGACCCGUCCACCGAGGCCGUGAGCCGUGGCAUCCAGGAGAUCCCCCUCCUCGGCGGCAACCUGGUCCCGCUGCUGGCGGGCGCGCUGGUCGCCGUGAUCGCCAUCUCCCUCUUCGUCGCCCUCGCGUUCGCGUUCCGCCAGGACGUCCGCCUCUGGGCCCACGCCCGAUACGGCCUCCGCCUCGGCAAGAUGAGCGCGCCGCCCGACGAGGAGAGGGACCGGCUGUACGACGGCUACAUAGUGUACAGCGAGAGGGACGAGGACUUCGUGUCGAGGUUUCUGGCGGCCGAGUUGGAGCAGUCGGGCCUGGCGCUUUGCCUCCACUGGCGGGACUUGCCGCCCGCGAGGGCGCAGGAGGCCGUGCCGCCGGCGGCGGCCGCCGCCAGGCGCAUAGUCAUCAUCUUCUCGCCCGUGUUCCUCGCCAACGAGUGGCAACACGCGGAGUUCCGUGCCGCGCUGAGGACCGCCCUCGAGAGCAUAAGGCCCGGCUCGAGGAAGAGGCGGGUCGUCGUCCUCCUCGCGACCGAGGCGCCCGCCCGCGACCCCGAGUUCCAGCUGCUCCUUCAGACGUGCACCGUGGUCGUGUGGGGCGAGAAGAGGUUCUGGGAGAAGCUGCGCUUCGCCAUGCCCGACUCCGUGGGCAAGAGGCGAGACGGCAGCAAGAAGGUGAACGACCGAAAUCGGAAACCGGCGCGCUACACGGCCGCCCCCUCGGCCGGUGACGCGUGGACCAAGCCUAACGGCGUUCUGGUCGCGCCGGUGCACGCGCCCACGCCCACGCCCACGCAGUCCACCUAUGUCAGCUCGGCGAGCAGCAGGACCGAGGACGAGGACAGCGGCGCGGAGCACCAGCACCAGCACCAGCUCCAGCACGGGGGUUACAGCGCGUUGCACGCGGGGGGCGCCAGACCCGCCAGCCUCUCCUCGAGGGGCAGCCAUCUUUACAGCACGAUACCGGAACCACCGGUCCCCACAGCGCCCCCGGGCGAGGCCUUGACGCAUCCGGCCAACCCUCGUACUUACUUCGUCUAGUACGGACGAUCCUCUUCCACGCUCGUUCGCCGCCGAGUCGGACGCUGGACUCUGAUCGAGCCUGCGAUGUAAAAAGUGACAGACAGAGAGAGAGAGAGAGUGAGAGAAGAGAGAGAGAGAGAUGGUACGUGUACGUCGUUAGGAUAUUUGUACAGUUUCGCUCGCGAUAAACCGAACGACGACGACGACGACGACGACGACGACGACUCGCCUCGUCCCGGUCUGUUUGCUCUUCCACUAGAAUCGGCUCGGCUACAGAGGGGGAUCUUCCCUCGGGUUCUCGUCACGCUCGCCACGGAAACCCGAACGUGGAGGAUCGUUUAUGCAGGAGGGGGUUGGUUAUCGCCUC